UAGCUUUUAGCUUUUGGCUUAAAAUAAACCACUUUGGUGAUUGCAUAAGUAAAAAAUUGACUUUUAAAUUAGUUUGACUAACUUUUAAGCCUAUCCAAACAGGUUCUAAGCCCCAAAAUUCAUGAGGGGAUGAUUGCCUAAAGUAUACAAGCACCGGUCCAUUCCCACUCUUCAUGCCCAGGCCGAACUGGAGUGUGGACCCAGGAGCCCAAACGGGAGUGAACCUGACUCUAAUACCAUGUAAAAUAUAUGACACAUGGACCUAAUUACAGAGGAAAAACUAAAAUUAGCCAAAAGAAAGUAAGAUUUACUGUUAUCUGAUGUGCAUUUUACCUAUUCAGGCAGAAGAAGCCAAGAAGUUGAAGCUGAUGUUGAGAAGAAAAAAGGCUGAAAAUAUUCGUUUAUUAGAAAUCGAGAAGAGACAAAUGCAGCGCGUGGAGGAAAUGAGAGAAACUCAAAAGAAGGAUGUGGAGAAUACGAACUUGAAGGAACAGAUGCGAUUUGAAGUUCGGAAGGAACUCAGUAAGGUUGAAAUGACAUGCCAUGAUAUGGCUUCAUUGUUGUGUAGAUUAGGAAUCACUGUUGGUGAUGGUACUAGUCAUGAGGUUCGCGUUGCUUACAGAAAAGCAUUGCUGAAAUUUCACCCAGAUAGAUCUUCACAAUCUGAUCUACGACAGCAAGUUGAAGCUGAGGAGACGUUUAAGCUUAUUUCUCGAAUGAAGGACAAAUACUUACCAACUUUAUGACAAUGAGAUAGAAAAUCUAGUUACUCCUAUCUUGUGAAAGGUAGACAGACUGUUUCCGAUAGAAUGAAUCUGAAUCUAAUACAAUAUAAGUAUAUAUUUUCACAAGAGACAUAUUUCAUAAAGUUAAAAAAAUUUUACUUGCACAAGCACAAAAUAUUAUACAAAUGUAGCAUUAU